GUUUUAUUGUUAAAAAAAAAAGAAUAACAAAAACAAAACAUGAGCGGGCAAAACAUCACACCACUUUUUUUUUUCUCGUUUGUUCCUAGUCAGAAGAAUAUGACCCAGCUUAAAGCGGCAGAAAAAAAAAAAAAUCGAAAGGUUCUUGAAUCCAAUCAAAACCAAGAAAAAUCCUGCAAAAUCGAUUUCUUUUUUUUUUCCUAGAAAGAAAUAAAAAGUUUCUCUUUUUUUUUAUUUAUUUAUUUAUCCUUUUUUUUUUCUUUUUUUCUUUUCUUUACCUUUUUAUUUUAUUUUCUAAUUAUCAAUAUGAAUGUCAACUCUUACUUUGAUGAUCGUCAUUAUCAACAACUUUUACAUGACGAAAACGACUAUAUGAUGCCUUGGUUUCAAAAUACUUCUAUUCCUCAUACACCAGCCUUGUCCCAUUCGUCACAUUCACCUCAUGAUUGUUAUGCUUCCAAUGACCUUUUAUUCAAUUCCAUAUCUCCUCAAGCCUCUUUCUCUGAUAUGUAUGAAGUCGGUUCUAUUCUCAUUCCCUCUGACGACAUUUCUCCUGUCAUCACCACAAGCACUGCAAGUACCUCUAGUACGUCGUCCUCAAGCAAUGCAAGUACUUCUCCUACUAGUAUUUUACUUUCACCACCUACUCCACCUACCAGCAAUAGUGAUGAUAACAGCAAUGUAUCACCAUUACCUUUUAAAAAAGUUGCACACAAUGCCAUUGAACGUAGAUAUCGCAACAACAUUAAUGAUCGUAUUCGUGAAUUACAACAAGUAGUUCCAGCAUUAUGUAGAGAAGAAGAUCAUGAUCAACGCCGAGGUAGUCAUCGACAUGAUGAUGAUGAUACUGAAGAAUUGGAAGAAGAAGAAGAGGAUGGUGUUCCUGUAGCGAAGAAACUCAACAAGGCGACCAUUUUACAAAAGGCAACCGAAUAUAUUCAAUAUCUGAAAUACUCACAACGUUUAUUGAUCCAAGAAAACGAUAUGCUUCAACACAUGAUGCAAACUCUACCGGGUGGUGAACCUCUUUUGAAACAAUUCCUAAUAGACAAAGAACGAUUUGAUCAAGCAGAAAAAGAACGACGCGCCAAGGAACGCAAGCUGGCUUUACAACAACAACGCAUUAAUCAUCAACGUAUGCUCAAGGAACGAGCUGCUCAACGUGCCGCCCUUAUGUCUCCUGAAGAAAGACAAAGACGAAGACGUCGCUCAUCACAACAACAAAAGAAGAAACAACAAUCCAUAUCUCCUCCCAUGUCUUCUUCUUCCUCUCCUCCUCGACUUUUAUCUGUAUUUUUAGGAAUCACUUUAUUUGCCGUACCUUCAACAAAUCCUUCUAAUUUGGUUUGGAAACAACAUCGUUCAUCCAAAUUUAUGUCUCAAUCCAUGAUGACUACGCGUUCUUGGUCUGAUUAUUGGCCUAUGGUCCGAUUCUUAUUGUAUUGUUUCUUUAUUACCUAUUUAUUCAUUUUACCCUUCUUAUCCAAAGUCCAUAUCCGACGUACACACAUCAAGAAACGUAUCUAUUAG